CCGUAGAUCGGCGCUGUGAUGGUGACGUCAUGACGCAUUACGUUUACGUCGUGGAGGUCGAGGAGAGAUAAACAGGUGGAGAUUUAGAAAGACGAGCUCAUCAAGAUGACCAGUGUGCUCUGUAAUAGAGCCAGGCUUGUGACAUACCUCCCUGGGCUUCAUACUUUAAUAAGGAGGAUUGCUGGCACAAGGCAUUUUUCUGCUGCAGGAUCAUCUGGUUCAGAUGAGCCAUAUAUAGCUUUUACUCCAGUUGACAUGGGUUCAAGAACAGUAUGGCCUGAUGAAAAAAUGGGUCCAUUUGGCCCACAAGACCAGCGGUUUCAGUUGCCUGGAAAUGUAGGAUUUGAUUGUCAUCUGAAUGGCACUACUGAUCAGAAGAUGAGCAAUAAUCCCAAAAAAGUGCCAGACGUGCUUUCUGAGCCUAUAAAUAGUGAAAGACACGAGUUUAUAUUGGCUCAGUUUGUGAACGAGUUUCAGGGAAAUGAAACUGCUUCAGGACCUCAGGAAGUCAACAAAGCAGAAAACUAUUUUGAAAGUGCAAAUGUUGAGUGUGCAAUACAAACCUGCCCAGAGCUGCUAAAAAAAGAAUUUACAACAAUGUUCCCAGAGGCUCCAGUAAGUAGGAUGAUGACUGUUGUAACUGUGACCCAGAAAACCAAAAAUGACAUGACUAUCUGGUGUGAAGAAGUGGAUAAGGAAAGAGAGGUGCUAUUAGAAAAAUUUAUUAGUGGGGCGAGAGAAAUUUGUUACGCCUUACGUUCUGAAGGAUAUUGGUCUGACUUUAUAGAUCCAUCAUCAGGGCUUGCAUUUUUUGGACCCUAUACAAACAACACUCUGUUCGAAACAGAUGAAAGGUACCGUCACUUGGGCUUCCGCAUUGAAGACCUUGGUUGUUGCAAAGUCAUUCGACAUUCUCUCUGGGGAACACAUGUUUUUGUGGGAAGUCUAUUCACUAAUGCCCCCACAGAUAGUCUUGUCAUGAAAAAACUUCAAGGAAACUAAAUUAAAACAGAGAUUCAUCCUCAAAAUCCUUUACUUGACAAAGUAGUAAUAAAAAUGAAAACAUAUUUUUGUAAGCUGUGUUUUGCACUGGUGCAAGGUUACAUGUUUUAAUUCUGCAUAUGCAGUUUGAUCAAAUCCCACACACUUUAAAGUGACUUCUUUUAGUAGUCUUUUAAGAUAAUAUAUUUAUUUUACCAUAUACAGUAAAUAAUAUGUAUUCAUCCUGUAUUUAUAAAACAAUAUUUUAUGGCAUUCAAAAAUGCAAGUGGUAUCCAUUAUAGGCACUUUUCACACUACCAAUUUUAUUGAUCAUAUCUAUCUUUCGGUGACAAGUUUGUCUUCCCUUAUUUUACCACUAAAAGCAAAGUAAGCAGGAUCAUCCACUAAGCAUUGCAAUCUGAUUAUCAUUAAAUAGUUUAUAUGAACAAAUUAUUUGUUUUGAUUCACUUUUCAAAAAUUUCAUAUAGGUUUUACCGUCAUUGGUGAUAUUCAGGUCUAUUUUGAAUUUUAUGUUACUUUUUAUAAAUUAAUGUUCACUUUUAUUUUUUUGCUUGUAAUAGAAACACAAAUGAUGUAAUUGUGUAUGAUAGUUUUUUUUUAAGUACACAUUUGUGACAUUUCAUUCUUUCCUAGUCAGAUAUUGUUUAUGCUUUUAAUUUCAUCUUAUAUACAGAUGUAUGGUCUUUAAAAUAAUUCUAAUUCUAUGGUCUAAAAAUUUUUGGUGCUAUUAGGGAAAAAAUAUAUAGAAACAACAAAUGAGAUUGUCACUGUAUAGUGCCUACAGUUAUUAUCUUUGGGAUAUUAUAAUCUACCACUUCUAGAAACAGCCUGAAGUAUUAGACUAAAACAAUGGUAUGCCAACUUCAAAGAAAAUUUGAAGCACAAUCAAUAAAAGCUCACUUUGCCUUU